AUGGGGAACUCGUCGGACAGCUCAGAUGAUUUCGAUCGUAACAACUGGGCAGAAUGGAAGACUCGGUUUGAGAACGUCAUCACCGCCAAGGGCUAUGAAGACAUAAUGAAGGACGAAUGGGUCAAAGAUAACAAAGACACCUCGGAAUUCCGACAAAUGUCAGCCUGGUGCAUGAACAAGCUGUACUCAUCGGUUAAGGAAGAGUUACACCCGGUCGCCAGUGCGCAUAACGGCGAUAUCUAUGGUGCGAUCCACGCUCUCGGUGCUGCUUGCGGCGAGAAAUCAAUCAUCAGUCUCUGCGAUAAGCUCAACACCAUAAUCAAUUGUACUUACUUGCCAGGUUCAUCAUUAGUUCAACAUCUCACCAGGGGAAAUUCCAGGGCACUGGCGGGCCAGUGA